UUUUUAUAAUCUUACAGACGUUGGGGUCAAAGGAUCAAGACUUGUUUAAGUCCUCCGGAUGAUGACAUCAUCUCAGAUUUAGCUCAAAAUUUUCAUUGGGUAGACAUAAAACUUUCACAUAGAUUGCGUAUUCAUCUUUAUCAAAGCAUGAUUCACGCAAGGAGUUGGAAUUUAGUAACAUUAGUCAUUGUCAACUUGACCCACAUCCCCUGAAGCACCAGAAACAAAGAAAGUUGUGGUACUACACAGUGACUGGUACAUUUUGCUUGUUUGAUUCUUUUUUUGAUAUCUGAUUCUUGCCCUCUUUUUUAUUUUGAAGUUUCUUCAUUUCCAUAUUUGCCAGUUGAUUUUCUCAUUUUUCCCAUGUUUAAGACAGCUUAAUUAAUUUGAUUGGUUCACUGGACUAAUGUGGCAGGCAGGAAGAUUCUCCCUUUCUAAUGGCAGCUAAUAAUAGCAUCGUUUUCUUGAUUUUCAAGUUCAUUUAUGGAAAGAAGAGAAUCGGGUUCUCUUGCAUUUGCUCUGUCUAUGUGACUGUAACUUUCCGGAGUAUUAUCCUCCAACCCCAGAAAAAAAGCAGCUUUUCUAGUUUUAUGAUGGCCAUAUUCUCAGGGUAGUCACAGUUUCAGGUGCUAUCCUGCAAGGCUAUGAAUCAGCUUUAGAAGAAACCUUUUACCUUUGUGGGUCAGUUCAGGAGGGAGUACUUAUGAGUUGGCCUGCUAGGAAGUUGGGGAAAUUCAUCUAGGAUGAAUGCGAUUCGGUUGUUUUUAGUGUUAAGGUUACUCUUGUUUGGACUCUUGCCAAGAGGGUCGAGUGGUGAAAAUGUUUCUGCCUCCGCAAGACCAUCUGUGGUUUAUGUUGGGGCGAUUUUCACCUUUGACUCCACAAUUGGUAAAGCUGCAAAGAUUGCCAUUAAGGAGGCAGUUAAAGAUGUGAACUCCAACUCCAGUGUCCUCUCGGGAACCAAACUCGUUGUGAACAUGCACAGUUCUAAUUGCAGUGGAUUUGUUGGAAUGAUUGGAGCUCUGCAGUUUAUGGAGACGGACACUGUUGCCAUUAUUGGACCUCAAUCUUCUGUUGUAGCGCAUACCAUAUCUCAUGUUGCAAAUGAACUUCAAGUACCUCUAUUAUCUUUUGCGGCAACAGAUCCUACCCUCUCUUCUCUUCAAUUUCCUUAUUUUGUUAGGACAACCACCAGUGAUUUGUACCAGAUGACUGCUAUCUCUGAAAUGGUAGACCAUUAUGGUUGGAAAGAUGUAAUUGUGAUCUUUCUGGAUGAUGAUUAUGGGAGAAACGGCGUGUCUGCAUUAGACGACGCACUUUCAGCUAGGCGUUGCAAGAUUUCAUAUAAGGCCGGAAUCCCACCUUCAGGGGUGGUGAAUAGGACUGACAUAAUGGAUAUUCUUAUAAAGGUUGCUUUACUGGAGUCGCGUGUUAUAGUUCUCCAUGCUUAUCGUGAUGUUGGGUUCAUGGUGUUUUCUGUUGCUCAAUAUCUUGGAAUGGUGGGUGAUGGCUAUGUUUGGAUAGCUACAGACUGGCUUUCUUCUGUGUUGGAUUCCUCUUCCCCCCUUCCUUCUGAGACCAUGGAUUCUAUGCAAGGAAUUCUUACUCUGCGGCAGCAUACUCCUGACUCUGAAAGAAAGCACGCAUUCUCUGCGAGGUGGAACAAGAUUACUGGUGGUUCUUUUGGCCUGAAUUCCUAUGCUUUAUAUUCUUAUGAUACUGUUUGGCUGCUCGCUCAUGCCCUAGAUUCAUUCUUUGAUCAGGGUGGAGUUAUUAAGUUCUCCAAUGACUCAAAACUAAUGUCUAUCCAAGGGAGCAAUAUGCACCUUGAAGCGAUGAGCAUUUUUGAUGGUGGUCCACACUUGUUGAAAAACAUUUUAGAGAGCGAUUUUGUCGGUUUAGCUGGGCAUGUCAAGUUUAAUUCUGAUAGAUCAAUCAUUUUUCCAGCUUAUGACAUCAUAAAUGUCGUUGGUACUGGUUUCAGACGUAUUGGUUACUGGUCAAACUAUUCUGGCUUAUCGACAGUGCCUCCUGAGACCCUAUACUCGCAACCACCUAAUCGAUCUAGUGCAAACCAGCAGCUAUAUAGUGUAGUCUGGCCAGGGGAGACAGUGGUAAAGCCUCGGGGAUGGGUUUUCCCUAACAAUGGGAAGCUUUUGAAGAUUGCAGUACCCAAAAGGGUAAGCUACAAAGAGUUUGUGUCACAAGAACCAGGAACCAACACAUUUAAAGGAUUCUGCAUAGAUGUCUUUGUGGCUGCUGUAAGCUUACUGCCAUAUGCCGUACCAUAUCAAUUCAUUCCCUUUGGAAAUGGACGUGAAAAUCCUAGCUACAAUGAGCUUGUGAGACUAGUAAAUGCGGGGGUUUAUGACGGCGCUGUUGGUGACAUUGCUAUUGUCACAAAUCGGACAAGACUUGCAGAUUUCACUCAGCCAUAUGCUUCAUCAGGACUUGUUGUGGUCGCCCCUACCAGAAGGCUGCAUACUAGUGCUUGGGCUUUCCUGAGACCAUUUUCUCCGUCACUGUGGGGAGUUACAGCAGUUUUCUUUAUUUUUGUUGGGAUUGUAGUGUGGAUUUUGGAGCAUAGAAACAAUGACGAAUUUCGCGGACCACCAAAAAGGCAGCUGGUAACCAUUUUAUGGUUCAGCCUGUCCACCAUGUUUUUUUCCCACAGAGAGAACACUGUGAGUACGCUUGGACGAAUGGUGUUACUCUUAUGGCUCUUUGUGGUCCUCAUAAUUAACUCUAGUUAUACUGCAAGUUUAACUUCAACACUCACAGUCCAGCAACUGUAUUCUCCCAUUAAAGGGAUAGAUAGCCUGAAAGAAACUGACGAUCCUAUAGGCUACCAAAUUGGCUCUUUUGCGCAGAACUAUCUGAUUGAGGAAAUUGGAAUACCUAGAUCCAGGCUUGUCGCACUUGGAUCACCCGAAGAGUAUGCAAGGGAACUUGAGCGUGGUCCUAAAAAUGGCGGUGUUGCUGCAGUGGUGGAUGAACUUCCUUACGUAGAACUUUUCUUGUCAAGCCAAUGCAAAUUCAGGAUUAUAGGCCAGGAGUUCACUAAAAGCGGUUGGGGAUUCGUAAGUUUUUAGCAUUAUCAAAAUUUGUUUUGAUAGAUAUUUUUAUUUCCUCAAAAUCUCACAUGAUAUAACCAUACUUCUGUUAGCCUGACAAAUUUUAAAAACCUCAUACUUGCUCCCUGAAUGAUCUUCCGAAAGGGUAUGGUUUUCUGAUGCAUGGAGUGCUUUUUACGAACAAGUACUUAAUUAUUUGUGGUGUUGUUGUGUGCUUGUUAAACCAAUGGCAAUGGAGGUCUUCUUGCAUGUGCAAAAGUCAUGAUAUUACUUGAAUGAUAAACACGUACUCGCAAAAAUUUUUAUUUAUUUAUUUAUUUAUUUCUUUUUUAGUGGUACUCACAAGAUCUCAAAUCGUUUCUAUGUAACAAACAUCAGCUAUACUUUUUGUUAUCAUUCAUCCUUCUAUGGAGCAAGCAUAAUUGAUUCCUCCCAUGUCAUUUCAUUCUUCCCCAUAUUGUUACACUGUCCUAGAAAGGUCACUGGUUGAAGAAAAACAUUUGAAGUCACAAGUAGAGCAGAAAAACUGUAUGCAUUCUUGGUUUUCCUGAUAUGGAGAGAGACUCUGGCUUUGUAUCUUAAAACCUAUUUUCUUUUUCAUAUUAGGCAUUUCCGCGAGACUCUCCCUUGGCCAUUGAUUUGUCGACUGCUAUUCUUGCUCUCUCUGAGAAUGGAGAUCUACAACGUAUCCACGAUAAAUGGUUGACUAGAAGCAGUUGCAGCUCAGAUAAUACUGAAAUCGAUUCACAACGCCUUCACUUAUCCAGUUUCUGGGGCCUAUAUCUCUUGUGUGGCAUCGCCUGCUUUCUUGCGCUAUUCAUAUACUUCUUCCAGAUUAUGCAGAAGUUUCGGAAAGCUGCCCGACAAGCAGAUCAUUCCAUUGCAGGUGAAGAUCAAUCCGGAAGCUCCUCACGAUCAAAGCGACUGAAGACACUAUUGUCAGUAAUGGAUGAAAAAGUUGAUCUAUCAUCAGAGAGUAGCCAUAAAAAGAGGAAGACUGAGAGGGCAGUGUCAGAUAGUAACAUUGAAAUAAACUUCUCCAGAGAUUAAGUAAAUGAAGUUAAUUUAUUUAUGAUUCAAUUUCAAUUCUUUUAAGUGUAUAUAUAUCAUCAGUCAUACCCAAUUCACAGUUUUUACAGCUGAUUGGCUCUGUCACCACCUUUGACCAAAUGUCACUAUGUAAAAUAUACAUUCGAUCCAUUCUAGGACAAAUCCGUAUGCUCACUAAUUUUUGAGAUUUGUUCUCUACCAACUAUUACCGACUUGUUCUAAAUAAUAUAAGGUGAAUGUCUCUCUUUCAUAAUCACUUAAUAUAGCGAC